AAAGGUGAGGAUUAGAGAAGAGGAUGAUAAGAGGAUGGAAGGGAAAAGGAGACGCUCCGCUCCGCAACAAGCUCUACCGCUCGCUCCUAGCCCCAUCCUCCGCGAGGCCGUUGUUGGCUCGUCGCAGCAGAGAACGGCGCGGAUGGGUGAAUUUCUACAUAGUCAUCCUUAUGUACCAACGGACCUGAUUCUUCCUGGUUUUGUUCCGUGCUUCCUCUCUCAGUCUACCAUUCUUGCAGUCUAUGGCAUCGCUUCACUGGCCGUCGUCUCCUCCGUCUGGAUAUUCUCAGGAUACCUUCCCAAGAUAAUAAAAAGUGAUCGAUUUUUAAUGUGCUGGUGGGCCUUUACAGGCCUCACACACUUGACACUUGAGGGUUAUUUUGUUUUCUCACCAAAAUUUUACCAGGAUAAGACUGGUUGCUACCUGGCUGAAGUUUGUAAGUCUCACAUAUACAACAUUAUUAACAUUUGGAAUUUGGAGUACCUUUCAAGGAUCAGUGUUUCUUUAGCUAAAGGGGAUUCAAGGUAUGCUGCGAGGGAUGCAGGUAUUGUUGCUGUUGAAGGCAUAACAGCAGUUUUAGAGGGUCCAGCUAGCCUUCUUGUGGUAUAUGCAAUAGCUUGUGGAAAGUCAUAUAGCUAUAUACUUCAGUUUGCCAUCUCUUUGGGACAGCUAUAUGGAGCUGUUGUUUAUUUUACCACAGCAAUAUUGGAAGGUGAUAAUUUCUCUGCAAACCAGUUUUACUACUUCACAUAUUAUAUUGGCGCAAAUGCUUCUUGGCUUGUUAUACCCUUGCUUAUUGCCACUCGCUCUUGGAGGAAGACUAGUGCUGCAUUUCAGGUCCAAGGACAGACAAAAAAGGCAAAAGUUCGCUGAUGCAGACUGCAAAUGAUCUGUUUUAAAUUUUUAAUGAUCCUGUAGUUUUAAUGAUUUAUAGUGAGAAGUUUUGGACGGGAAAGAAUGUUUGGAUAUUCAAGAUAGAUCUUUGGAUAUUAAAUAUUAUUCCAGACAUCUGUAAGAACUGCAUCGGUUCAUUCUUAAAUUGCUCAUCU